UCCAAACUGACCAGCCAUUGAGUAUCCUUUUUCUUUCUUGCUAGAAAACAGAGUGAGAGUGAGUGCUCUUCGGACUCCCAUUCCUAUUCUCCAGAGAGAAGAAAAAGAAGAGCAAUCAGAAGCAAAGAUGGCGACAGUGGAACUGAGCAACAAGCGGAUCAUCCUCAAGGACUACGUGACAGGGUACCCCAAGGAGGAGGACAUGGUUCUCGUCACCUCCACCAUCGGAUCAAAGGUCCCCCAUGGAUCACAGGCCGUCCUCGUCAAGAACCUCUACCUCUCCUGCGACCCUUACAUGAGGUGGCGCAUGUCCAAGCCCGUUACUGAAAGCUAUACCACCCCUUACACUCCUGGCUCUGUCCUUAAUGGUUAUGGUGUGGCUAAAGUUCUUGAUUCUGGUCAUCCAGAUUUCAACUCUGGAGACUUCGUCUGGGGAAUAACUGGAUGGGAAGAGUAUAGCCUGAUUACAAUGCCCCAAGCCCUGACCAAAAUCAAGUACACUGAUGUACCACUUUCCUACUACACAGGCAUUCUAGGAAUGCCUGGGCUCGCAGCUUAUGCUGGAUUUCAUGAAGUAUGUUCCCCGAAGAAAGGGGAAACGGUAUAUGUGUCAGCAGCAUCUGGAGCAGUUGGCCAACUUGUUGGCCAGUUUGCAAAGUUGAUGGGUUGCUAUGUAGUUGGGAGUGCUGGUACCAAAGAGAAGGUUGAUCUCUUAAAGAAUAAGUUUGGGUUCGAUGAUGCAUUUAACUACAAGGAAGAGCAUGAUCUUGCUGCUGCAUUAAAAAGGUCUUUCCCUGAUGGAAUAGACAUCUACUUUGAAAAUGUCGGGGGGCGAAUGCUUGAUGCAGUUCUAUUGAACAUGAAAGUACAUGGUCGAAUUGCUGUUUGUGGGCUGAUAUCGCAAUACAAUCUCACCCAGCAGGAGGGUGUCCACAACUUAUUCUGCCUCGUAGCAAAGCGCAUUCGGAUGCAAGGUUUCAUUGAACCUGAUUACAGGCAUUUAUAUCCUCAGUUCUUAGAAAUGGCCAUUCAGUACAUCAGGGAAGGGAAGGUUGUUUAUGUUGAAGAUGUUGUUGAAGGCAUAGACAAGGCUCCAUCUGCCCUCAUUGGCCUCUUUGCAGGCCGCAAUGUUGGCAAACAGGUUGUCCUUGUUGCUCCUGAGUGAUGCACGAAGUUUCUUGACUGCCAUUUUGUGUCACCCAACUCUGCGUGGAAAAUAAAGCAUCUGCUUCAAUAAAUUCAAAUGUCUGUAAUGUGAAUGACUAAGAAUGUGCUCUCACUCGAUAAGAAUAUUUGUAAUGUUGUAUGAGAUUGCAAAUCCCGACUUC